CUACUUCAGGAAACAAAUGUAAUUAGUUACAUAAGAGUAAAUUUAAAUAAAUAUGUCGUCGAAGUAUAGGAUUCUAUGGAAUACCAUAUCAAAAAUGAAAUUUGAUAAGAGAUUUAUACAAAAGUGUAUUAAUGUACCGUUCCCUAAAGUAUUACCCAAACAAGCUGCAAUACCAUGCACCAUUGGGUUCUCUCUGUUCACUUGGCUAGGAUUUCAACCAAAACUUAGUGCUGAAGAUGAGCUUAUACAAACCAUCAAACACUGUGUACUUUUUAUUCAAAGAUUGCAAUAUGAUAAGGCUGAACAAUUACUUCACAUUGCAUUAAGGCAGGCCCAGCAGAUGAAUCACAAAAUGGGUGUAACAUACAUCUAUGAUGUCAUGGCUAACUUGGCGUUAGAAAGAGAACAACUAGACAAAGCCAAGCAGCUCUUUGUUGCAGUCACACAGCGAAUAAUGGCAGAUGGAGCUAAAGAAGAUGAUCCUAGAGUGGUACAUCUUAGUAUCAAACUGGCCAGAAUCAGCCAUUUGAAAAAAGAAUACUCAACAGCUCAACUGGGUUAUGAUUGGUGCUUAGAAAAGUUACAGCGAGCAAUGGGUACAAAUCCUAGUGAUGACACUAUUAAAAUGCUUGCAGUAGCGGAGGACUGGUGUGGAAGGUUGUAUGUAGAUUGCAAUAGACUGGAGGAGGGGUUGAAAUUGAUGGUAAAUUCACUUGAACAUAUGCAGUCAGUGGGUGAUGUGGGCCAGGAACAUUUUGUAGUCCAGUUGAAUGAUAUUGGAACAGUUUGUGUCCAGUUAGGAAGGACAGAUGAAAGCAUUGCUUAUUUCAAACAAGCUAUAGAAAUAGGUAAGCAGUUACCGGAGAUGGAAGAAUUAGGAACAAUGUAUGUUAAUUUAGGGAGGGCUUAUUUGAAGAAGCAACUGGUUGAGGAAGCCAGGAAGAGUUGUGGGCACGGGUGGAAACUGGGGGUGCAAGCUAACAAUAAAGAAAUCAAAGACGAGGCUGAGGAAUGUAUCAAAGAAGUAAAGAAUAUGAUACGGUAG